AGGUUACCGGUGCACAGCAGAUCGAGGUCCGUUCUCUCGUCUUCGGAAGCGGAACCCUUCCGGUGCAAGCUCGAGAAGUUGUCGCCCGGGACGCUUACAUCAGCGGAGCUUCUCUCUUGCUGACGCAAGCUUCUGCUGACGAGGGCAGCUCCGCGCUGUUCUUCAAACCCGAGACUGGAUCCAUAACCUUCGCGGUUAGCGAUCAGCCGCCGCAAGGUUACGUCUUUGCGGUGGAAGCAUUCCAACCCGUUGGAUGCUCCCCUGAGGACGCGUGGCAGGCAUCCGCUAACAACACCCUAGGCACGUGCACCUGGCUUCACGCGUCAGCGGGACGUUACGCGCGCUACGACCCGCUGACGUCAGCUGCUUCCGCCGCCUACCGUUCCUCGUCAGAGUGGGGCAGUCUGUUCGUUCUGCACCUUUCCCGGGUGCAAGACUGGGUGGUGCCUUUCAGCGUGACAGUUGCUGAUCCAACGAACGCGACCGAGAUCGAGGGUUCCGCUGGCGGGCCGGAAGUUGGGGGGGUCUUUCACUAUUCCGCAUCCGUCACCGGAACGGAACGUGUUUUUGCUACGGCAGCUUACUACCCAGGGGAAGCGCACCCCAUGAACGCGCGAGUGAGCGCUUCGAGCGGACGGACGCUCGUGGCGACCACUGAGUCGGAAGAAAUGACCAUAACGGUCGCCUCUGCGAUGCUUCAUCUGAGCCAGGGAGGAGACGUAUACGAUCCCAUCAACGGCUCGUUUGUAUUCAGCGACGUGCGCAGCCAAAGCGGCGACCGCUUCUUCGUGCGCGCGUUCAUAUACGCCAUUUGCGCCCCCGAUGACAUCAGCAAGUUGUCAACCUUCGUCAACUGCACGUGGCUGGAGGUGGCUGAUCAAAGCGUGACGCUCCGCUCGAUGCCACCAAUCAGACCAUCAGGUUGUUCUUGGAGCCAAGCAGAUGAUUUGGACGAGUUCUGCAAGCGGGGGAUCUCUGCUGCUGAGCUGCAGCCUUCGGUUGUGCUAGCCUACCACUCUUCAAAUGGAGUUGCAACGAAGGCCGUGACGGGGACAACAUUGUCAGAGUUAAAGUAA